UUGUUUUAUUUUUGUUCUCAACAAGUCGAUUCCCUUCUUAACUUGCCCAAAAGUUCUCUCUAUAAUCGAGAAGACGAAGACGAUUCAUUUCGGGGGGUAAUGGAAGAUUUGAAAUCGAGAGCAAUGGAGGGUUUUGAAAAAUUGAAGACUCAGUUUGAGCCAUGGAGGAAUGAAGCUCUCCACUACAUCAAUCAGAUACCCGAAGAACAGCUCUAUGUGGCUCUUGGUGUCCUUCUCUUCUCAGUCAUUUUCCUCAUUCUCAUUCGGCUGUUCAAACGCACCAAAUCUAACACCAUUGUACUCACUGGGCUUGGUGGCAGUGGCAAGACUGUUCUUUUCUAUCAGCUUCGGGAUGGCUCAUCGCAUCAGGGUACUGUGACAUCUAUGGAACCAAACGAAGGCACCUUUGUGCUGCAUUCUGAGAAAAUAAAGAAUGAAAAAACGAAUCCUGUUCAUCUUGUUGAUGUUCCUGGGCAUUCUCGUCUUCGACCUAAGCUAGAUGAGUUCUUGCCUCAAGCAGCUGGUGUAGUUUUUGUGGUGGAUGCUUUGGAGUUUUUACCAAGUUGUCGUGCUGCAUCAGAGUACCUUUACGAUGUUCUAACCAAGGCUAGUGUUGUGACGAAGAAGAUUCCAGUGCUUAUUCUCUGCAACAAGACAGAUAAAGUGACAGCACAUACUAAGGAGUUUAUCAGGAAACAAAUGGAGAAGGAAAUUGACAAAUUGCGGGCAUCAAGAAGUGCAGUAUCCGAAGCUGAUAUUGCAAAUGAGUUUACUCUUGGCAUACCAGGAGAAGUGUUCUCGUUCACUCAGUGCCAUAACAAAGUUAUAGUUGCUGAGGCUUCUGGAUUAACAGGUGAAAUAUCUCAAGUGGAGCAGUUCAUUAGGGAGCAUGUAAGGCCCUAGUAAUGUGAUAUAUCGCAUAUCUUGAAAUGAAAGAAAUUAAGAGCUUGCUUGAGAGUGCCUCCUGAUGUUCAGUAUCAACAAGGCUGCUGAUAGCGUAAGCUAAAGUAGAGUUUGUAGAGCUUAGCAAAGUAAAUGUAAACGAAGAGAAAAAACCAGAGACAGAUCGUAAAUCAUGGUUUGGCGAGAGUUCCAUUUGAGAGUUGAAACUUGAAACAUGGAUAUACAAUAACAACUGUUUAUGGAUAUUUCUUUCUUUCUUUUUGAAA